AUGGCGUUCCCGUCUCUGCUGUUUCACGCCCUCGCACAAGUGGGUCACAGAACCCUCCCGCUGUUCAGCGAAUUCCGACUGGUCGAUGGCGGCGAGCGUCGUUGCUUGGUCGCUUACCCGCAUACAUGA